AUGUUGGUACAUGGGCCACCGUUCCGAGAACCGGCCAAGGUUGCUCUUCAUAGCCCUCUUCAGAAUGCACAUCGGGAGCAGGAAUGCCAGCCUCCACGAUCGGCCCAGGUGCAAGAGCAAGGCUAUGAGGUAUCCGGCUCGCACGACGGAUUCUUUUCCAGUGUUGUAAAGGUCGUCUCGCACGAUGGCGACCACUCCUUUCCCACGGGCCAUACGGCUUUCUAUACAUCCAAAAUCCUGAUGCCCGGAGACAACGCAUCCGUGGUGGGAAAUACGCUGUUGAGUCUUCCCACGGAGGCCGAGGCAGAUUUUCAUCUCUCGACCUUCUUUCUCUACUUGGAGAGUAAUUGGUUUUAUUUUGAGGAAACCUGGCUCAGAGAGGUCUUUUCUCUGGUUUUCCAAGCCAAGAGAGGGCAAUGUCAGGUGGACGACACACUGCUGUGCCUGUCGCUAAUGGUCAUGGCGCUGGGCGCCUCAUUCAAGCAUUUGCGUUCCUUGGACUCAAAGAUGGACCAGAACAGGCAAACACAGCAACAUGAUCAUCCUUCAGACACCCUCCCUGGCGCCGAGUAUUUCAAUCAGGCCCAACGACUGAUCCCGCAAGCCCUCCGACGACCCUCCUUGCUUAGCGUGCAGGUAUGUCUUCUCACAUCGAUUUACGGUAUGCCCUCGGACAACAGGGAGAUGGGAUACACAUACAGCGGCAUGGCGUUGAGAAUGUGCGUGGCCCUGUCUUUUCAUAGAAAGGAUGGCUCGCCCAAUAUAUCAGAGAAGGCCCGGGAAGUGCAAAAGCGUGUGUUCUGGACAGUGUAUUGUAUUGAACGCCGAAUCUCCAUGGCUCUAGGAUAUCCGGAGAUGCUUCAAACCACGGAGAUAUCCAUCUCACUACCAACGCGCCUGGACGACAUUGACCAGAGUUGUCCUACUCGAGUGGAUCGUCUGACAGCUUUCACAGAGCUCACUCUGCUUCACAGCCUGGUAAUUCGGAAGAGACUGGAUGGUUCGGAUCUCAUCGCCUUGAACGAGAUUCGAACAUUGCUCGAGCAGUGGAAGGAUCGACUACCGCCGAGUAUUUUGGACCAUUCUAAAGCUCAGGUCCGGGCCACCCUGCACCUGGAUAUGAUGUACCAGAUGGUUUGGGUCGAUCUAGGUCGACGGACCUUACUCGAUCUCGUGAAAAACCAUCUCAAGGGCCAGCACGGCGGCGUCCCGCAUGGGAGAGAAACCGGAGAGCAAACGCCCGUCCAGCGAGAGUUAUCGACCCGCUGCGUCGGGGCCGCACUCAAAGUUCUGGAGGCCAUUGCUACUCUUCACCGUCGGUCUCUACUUGCUCGGUUUUCUUACACGGACUUACAUUCAUGCAUCUCCGCCACAGUCAUCCUUCUCUUGGGAAGCAUCCAGCACGAGGAGUCCGAGCAGCUUCCGUCAUUUCAACAUGCUAUCGACCAGGGCAUGGAAGCCUUGGAUUUCCUGGCAGGAGGCGACAAAAAUGCAGGACAUGGGUAUAAGCUCGUCCGACUUUUACAGAAUACGGUAGCUCGCCUUCGAAGACGGGCGCAUGUCCGGAGAGGUGGUCCUGGGAUCUCAUCUUCGACAUUGGCGUCGCCGUUACCACCACGGCCAGGUGAUGAAAGUGAUGACCAUCAGAACAAAGUCGAUAGUGGACCUAGACCCUCUCCAGCGGAGGGAAGUGUGCAUGACCCUGUCGAACUGCCGUGGUCAGGAGGCCUCGAGCCGCGGCCGGCAGCAGAUCGUGCUCACCACUUUCCUCACUUAGGCCAAACGGCUCGACCAGAUAACUACGGCGGCCACCGGGAAGACCAUCGAGGUUUGGACUUUGCCACUUGGGAGUCCCUGUCGGCGUAUUACUCUGCCCAAGACUUGCAACUGUUUGGGUUUGAUGGCUUUCAGAUCUUCGGCGAGGGAGAUUUGGUGGAUGAAUUCGGCACGAGCCCCCCAGACGAUCGCGGCCAGGCUGGUUUCAGCACAUGA